UAGUCAGUGUGGAAGGAGAGUGGAAUAAGUAACAGCUCCUACUUCUCAAGCUCAACUUCAAGGUCUUGAAAUUUGCUGCAGAGUGCUGGUAGGGGAUGAGAGAGGUAGAGAGGGUUGUGAGUGUGGAUCUGGAAAGGGGUCUGUGUGAAGAGAGAAAAACAAAUGUCCAAACAAAUUAGUUGCCAGACUGGUUUGUUGAAUUGGUACCAGCUGAGAAACUAGGGAACUGAGAACAGCCAGUGUGACUGGCUGGGAAGAUUGCAGAUGUGUGUGUGGGUCUGACCGGGUGUUUGUGUGAGUGUACGUCUCAGAGAGUGUGUGUGCGUGUGUGUGUGUGUGUGUGUGUGUGUAGCUGAGUGAUGGACAGAGAGGCAGAACUGCAGGGCUUGGAGGUGGAGGGCUCCUGGAGACUUCUGGCAUGGCUGGCCUCCUGUGUGAUGGUGUUUGGGGGGGCACUGCCAUACCUGCCCCAGUACCAGGAGAUCCAGAGGAGCCACAACACCGAGGGCUUCUCCACACGCGUCUGCCUGGUGCUGCUCAUAGCCAACAUCCUCCGCAUCUUCUUCUGGAUAGGGAAGCAGUUUGAACUUCCCCUGCUGCUGCAGAGUGUUGUGAUGAUUGUCACCAUGCUGUCCAUGCUGCAUCUCUGCUGCUCCAUACAGAACAGCAACCGGGUCAGCACCAAGCAGCACCACCUCACAGAUCUGGACUUCCGGUACUUCUGGAGCUGGUCCGGGUUCGAGGACUACCUGCUGUUCUGCCUGGCCUUCACGGUGGUGUGUGCCCUGGUCACGCUGGUGCUGCUGGACUGGGUGGUGUUCGUGGAGGGUCUGGGCUCCCUGGCUCUGCUGUUCGAGGCCAUGCUGGGCCUGCCACAGCUGUUGCAGAACCUCCGCAACCGCUCCACGCGCGGAAUGAGUGUGAACAUGGUGCUCCUGUCUGCCGGAGAUGUCUUCAAGACCAGCUACUUCGUGGUGAACGAGAGCCCGGUCCAGUUCGGGGUGUGCGGCGCCGUCCAGAUCCUGAUGGAUGUGUCCAUCCUCCUCCAGGUCGUCUACUACGGGCAGGAGCCGCGCGCCAAGUCGGGCUGAACACGACGACAGUUGCCAAGCCAACGGACACCCCGGACAUUACACUGCCAACACGAGGGAUGGUGAGUCCCCGGGUUACCAGAACCAGGCCUGGGGGCGACGGCUGGGCGGCCCAGGCUCACGCUGAAGAUACUGAACCAGUCAACUGUCUGUUCUCUCGAUCCCGAAUGAACCUACCAUGUGCCUAACCUGUCCCCGCAUAUAUAUUUUUUUUUAUAAGAUGGAAGAUUCCAGACGUGUAGAUGUGUGUGUUCUGUUCUCAUGUAUGUUUUGGUCUUCAUGGGCUGUUUUGAUAGGACUAGUUAGAGCAGGCAGAGGGGAAGGAGAGCGUGUGUGUGACGGGCACAGAGAUGUGUGUGUGCAUCAUAACUCACUCAGGCACCAUACCAUCAACUCUAAGAGCACCUUUUAACAGCAGCUCGUACCAGCAGCUUGACUAAUGGCUGCUUCGCUCCACACCUCAAUGUGUUUUUAACAUGAAAUAUCGACAUGCACCAGGAAUAAAAUGUGUCACAGUGUGUUUGUGUGUUGCGGGCAAGGGGAGUGUGUCCUUCUGUUUGUGUGUGCACUGCGAGCGCGCGUGUGUGUGUGUGUGUGUGUGUGUGUGUGUGUGUGUGUGUGUGUGUGUGUGUGUGUGUGUGUGUGUAGUUGUGUGUUUUGUAAGCGCUGCUUACAGCAGAAAUUGAAAUUGAUUUCAGCCAUGGGCAUCAUCUGUGCCACUCCACUGCAGGGCAAGGCCAGGCGGUAUACACACAGCAGUAUAUUCAGCUGAACCAAGUGUCACAUUUCUCUCUCUCUUGUCUCUCUCUUUUCUCUCUCUCUCACACACACUCUAUCUCUCUCUCCUCACUCUCUCUCUCUUUCUCUGUCUCUCACUCUGUCUCCCUCACUUCCUCUCUCUUUCUUUCUCAGCCCCCCAUCACAGCUCUAUCCCGUUAUCCAGUGGGUCUGGUGUCACUCCUGGAGAUGAGAGGGCAGCCUUACUGCCUGGCUCCCUUACAGACUGUUUGCUGUACUCGUUUCAAUGCGUUCACAUCCCAGGCUGUUUAAACGACUGUUUUACUUACCGACUCUCUCCAAAGGGUUUUCCCCAAACAGCCACUCCAGACCGCAGAUGUGACAAGGUUAGAUAAACGACAAACACACUGUGGGGACAGUACCUUUCUACUGUGCCAAAUGGCCUUCUCUGCAGUAAUGACUCAAAGAUGGUUGGCCACUGAUACAGAGGGAACAUUGGGACAUGGACCUAUCUAGAAUAGGUUGGUCGUUCUCCAAGGCUCAUUUAGUGUGUGUGUAUGUGUUGUGUGUGUGUGUGUGUGUAACACACCAGGUUUAUUAUCCAGUGCUCCCUGCUUCAUUAAGUGUGGUUGCUCCACUGCCCACCAUCAUACACUCCAAGCUGUUACAUUUGACCACCUUUCAAGAUGGCAGCCAGUUGCUGGCUCUGAUUGGAUGUAAGUCGGAGGUGGGGUAAGUGUCUGUUUCUGUGGGUGUAAGUGUGUCACUGUGUGUAUAGUUUGUGUGUGCGUGUGUUUAGAAUGUGCAUUGUGUGUGUAAUGUGUGAAUGUGGUCGAGUGUGUGCCAGUCCUUUGUAUAUGACAGUGUGUGUGUGUUAUUGUGUGGAUUAGUGUGGAUUAUCUCAUGCAGCUAUAUUCAGAAGUGUUUAGCCAGGGUGCUGUAGUGUUCCGUCAGUCAGCCUAACCCUCAGCUCCAGGAUGUACACCUCUGCUGUUCCUGUUGUCUGGUUCAUUCUUCUGUUGUCUUGUUGUUUUGUUGACCUACUGGCCUGUUGUCUUCUUGUCCUGUGGUUUGGUUUUGUGGAGUUCCUUUGUUGAGAUUACCUUCUCCACCUUUCCACCACGAUGAACUGUACUAUAAUGAGAACAACCCACUGAGACACACGGGACAUUCAUCACGCCUCCGUACUGUCGCUAGAAUGUUCCUCAGGCUCCUCCGCUGUAGCUGCUUAUCUUUGGACGCUUAUCACAACGAUCCCCUUCGCUGCAGUCUAGCUGCUCGCUGUGGCUGUGGGUUGUAUGGU